GGUGGCUUCCUCAUGAAUUUGCUUGGCUUCGACCGCUUCACGAAGGGCAAGGCGGCCGACGGCCUGGCUCGCGCGGCGAAGGCACCGAACCCUUUCGAUUUAGGGAUGCUCGGGAACUGUAAAGACUUCUGGACAAAGGGCCGCGAGCUGGGCGUGGAAUACGAGCGGCUAUACGAUGUGCCGCCGGAGGGUUUCGCGGAGGCGAAGCGCCGCCAACAGCAUGAGGAGCGCGAGGAUCUGCACGGCGAGGGUGGCCGGAAGUCGCUGAGGAAGACGCUCCUCAUGGGCUUCGGUCUCGGCCGCAGUGGGAGCAGUCGGCAAGGCUAUGAGCCGCUCGGUCAGGUGUAAAUUCGUAGGUGAGCAGGCCUGCACAUGUAGGAGGGGUGUGUAUCAUGAUGUACGAUACGCUGAUGACACGGACUAUAAUGAUCUGUAUCGCUCUGAGUCCUCACUGCAAUCUGUCUUCUAGAAUUUAAGCAAGUUGCUUGU